AUGGAUUCGCAGAAUAGAGUUAACAAAGUUGAUGAUACCAAGGCCUACGGGCAAGAAAAUCCUCGUCUUUGUGCUAAAGGCUGUGGUUUUUACGGAACGCCGGCGACUCACAAUCUUUGUUCCAAGUGUUAUCAACAAUAUCUGAGAGAAGAGAUCACUGAGUACUUGAAUCAAACAGUUUCUGUGCAUGCUCCUCCCACAAACCCAUUCCCUUCGGUUCCGAAGAACGCUGUUGAUUCUACUGUCACUGCUUCGGUCGAGGCUCCGAUUGUGAAGAACCGAUGCCAAUGCUGCAAGAAAAAGGUUGGAGUGAUGGGUUUUGGGUGUCGCUGUGGCGGCACAUUCUGUGGCAUUCACAGAUUCCCAGAAGAACAUUCGUGCAAUUUCGAAUACAAGGUUGCUGGGCGUGGAGCUUUGGCGAAGGAAAACCCAGUUUGUAAAGGUGAUAGGCUGAAUACAAGGAUCUAA